AUGACAACAAAUCAGCCCAGCAGCAGCUCGGGACAUCAAGUCAUAACAUCUGCCCCUGAUGAGUACGGCGGCUACAAUGACGAUUGGAGCCUGAUCAAGUUUCCGGAGGGACCAAAGUUAACAUGCCCUUUCAAACUCCGAAGAGCGAGACAUGGUUGCGCACUUUGCAUACACACAUGGAAAACCAGUAGGAAACCGAAAGCGUAA